GCAUCUCUAAUAACCCCCCAAUCCCAUAUACUAAAAAUGGCUCAAUUUCUAUUGCUUUACUUGAUUUUAACAGAAGCUUUGUUUGUUCUAGCCUUGGCCAGUGAAAAGACUCAGACUAUGGUCCAGCCUAAUGGAUCACCAACCUUAAAUCCACCGUCUCCAAGUCCAUCCAAUGGUGAAAAUUUGUAUAAUACAGAAGCACCCAGAACUAGAAAACUUGGAAAGCACCAUCCUAAAAUGUUGAAGUCAUAUGGUGAACAUGUUUUCAGCCCAAGCCCAUCAGACGCACCUCAAACAGUUGAGAAAAUGCACUCUACAGAAGAAUCCAGUUCUUCGAUUCAAACAAGUCCAAUUGAUCCAAACAAUCAAGAAAAUGUGAGUGAUCAAGAGCAGGGGAUCCUCCCAAGAAAGCAGCAUCACUCUGUGGAUAAGUCAAUUGCUGGAGGUGGUGUAAUACUAGGGGGGCUAGCCACAACUUUCUUAGUGGCAGUUUUUUGUUACAUAAGAGCUACUGGAAGACACAAGGACAAGGCAGUAGCAGAGACUGUUGCUUAAAUUACCAGUAAUAUAUUGACUAUUGUAUACAUAUCACAUAUUGGUCUUGUUAGAAGUUACCCUCUUUUGAUCAAAACUGUAAAGAAAUCUAUAUAUAGUACAUGAUUUUCAAGCUACAUUAGUGAAGAUUGAAUGAUUUUUUUUU